GAGAUUACAUCUGUCAGAUUCUCCGAGCAUCUCGUCUCGCCCGCUAACCGCCAUCUGCCAGGCCUGCUGACUGUCUUUGCCGGUCGCAGCGCACUUUUUUUCCCCAGUCUUUUUUUCUCCUCGCCUCCACAGCAACCCAGCACAAAAAAUUAUUCGAGUCGACUGAGACCCGUGAUAGCCGCCCGUCUUCCUUCUUGUCUGCUCUUCUGGUCAAUCUCCUAGAUUGUCUGUCUACCAGCACUCUGCCCACUUAGCAGCUCAUUGCCGGUACAUUGUUGUUUAUGUAUCAGCACGAUUCCGCCACCGUAUCCAGACGUUUCUUCACGCUGCAGUUAUUUCGCAUACCGCGGAAACCUAGCAGUCCCGAUAUCAGAUCUGACGGUUGAUAUUGCCCUCGAUUUCGUUCAUGCCUAUCCCACUGCAAUCGCGAAUCUGUCCGGUCCGCCCUAUGUCCAGUACGCAUAACUGUUGAGUUGUUCAGCUUCCCUUGGUCCUCGACUCGCCCGCUCUAUCCGGCGCCAAUAUCGUCUCUCGUCCCCCGAGCCUCUUGAUGCCGAUAGCUUCGUCUCAGGCAUAAUCCAGCCCUCGUCAAUUCAAUCCCCACAGACAAACCCCAAGCAUUUUACUUUGCCACCCUUUUACAACCGUCACCAUGGCUCUCGUCAACGUUCGUCGCGAUGUCAGCGAUGCCUUCUACCGCUACAAGAUGGAACGCCUCCAGACCAAGAUUGAAGGCAAGGGUAACGGUAUCAAGACCGUUGUCGUCAACUUGUCUAGCGUCGCCCAAUCUCUUGCCCGCCCUGGUUCUUAUGUCAUCAAGUACUUUGGUUUCGAGCUGGGAGCUCAGACCAACAUCGACCCCAAGGACGACCGUUGGAUCAUUAACGGCGCCCACGAUGCCGCAAAGCUGCAGGAUCACCUCGAUGGCUUCAUCAACAAGUUUGUUCUCUGCAAGAAGUGCAAGAACCCCGAGACCGACGUCGUCAUCAAGGAUGACCACAUCGUGCUCGACUGCAAGGCCUGUGGUCAGCGCACCGACGUUGACCUUCGCCUGAAGCUUAGCGGAUUUAUCCUCAAGAACCAGCCCAAGAAGGGAAAGAAGGACAAGGCCGAGCGCCAGGGCUCCGAGAACGGCUCCAACGACGCCGUCGAGAAUGGCGACGUCAGCGAUGACGAGUUCCAAAAGGUGCAGGCCGAGGCAACCACUGCCGCCAUCAGCGCCGAGGUUGAGGUCAAGGACGACGAGUGGGCUGUCGACAUGAGCGCCGAAGCUGUCAAGGCCCGCCAGGCACAGCUGCCUGGUGAGCUCAAGCAGAAACUCAACAUUGGCGGCGACGACGAGGAUGAGGACGGCGAGGGCGGUGGCAACACCGUCUACGACGAACUCGGCAACUGGAUUGCCCAGCAAGCUGAAGAGAAGGGCGGCAUUGACAACGUCGACUCUAUCAACAUCUAUCUCAAGGCCAAGGAGCUUGGCAUUGAGUCCAAGCACCGAUCUGUCCUGGUUCUGGUGCAGACCGUCUUUGACAAGAACAUUGUUGCCCAGAUCCCCAAGCGUGCCAGCAUGCUCAAGCAGUUUGUCACCUCCGAGAAGCAUGAAAAGGCCCUGCUUGGUGGUACCGAGCGCCUGAUUGGCAGCCUAAGCAAGGAGAACCCUGACAUGCUCCAGCAGGUCGUCAAGAUCCUGCAGCUGUACUACCACCACGACCUCGUUAGCGAGGAGGUCGUCAUCCCCUGGGGCUCCAAGGCCAGCAAGAAGUACGUCGACGUGUCUACUUCUCGCAAGGUCCGCAAGGCUGCCGAGCCCUUCAUCAAGUGGCUCCAGGAGGCCGAUGAGGAGGAAUCUUCGGAAGAGGACGAGUAAAAUCGCCCUUUUCCUUUUUUUUUUUUAACACUUGGCAGCCGUCUCUGGGCUGUCCUUCACCAUCAUUUACUAGAUUGAGACUUGUGAUGCGGAAGGGGGAAAAGGAGGCCUCAAAGCUGCCAAGGGAAAUGGCACAGAGAUAUCGGGAUUUUAUAUACCAUGGCUCUGUUGUCUAUUAUUUUUUUGUAUCGGGCUUGUGCAACAACCAGACUUUGUGUAUUUAGCUAGAUUGUUUAUUAAUCGCAAAGUGCCCCAUUCCACUCUUG